AAGAUAACAUAGGUUUCUGAACAAUUCAACCGAGCUAGAUUGUUCUUUGACACCUCUGUCACGCUUGCUUGGCGAAGAAUGCAUUCUAAGUGACGAGAGGACAGCGAGAAAUCACGAGGAAGAGUCAUUCGGAAUAACACUUUCACAGGCCCCGAACUUGUUAAAGCCGUCCUGCUACUGCUGGAUGGAGGCGCGGCGACUGAGCGGUAAAGCGCUUAGCUUCCAAAUCGGGGUCCCGGGUUCGAAUUCUGGUGACUACUGAGAUUUAUAACUUUGGGAUUGAAGGGCGCCUCUGGGUCCACAGAGUCCAUCCAGAUCUAAUGGGUACCUGACAUUAGAUGGAAAAAAAAAAGUAAAGGCGAUUGGUCGUUGUGCUGGCUACAUGACACCCUCGAUAAGCCGUGGGCCACAGAAACAGAUGACCUUUACAUAUUCAUUGUCUCUGUGACUUGACUUGAUAUUUAUGACUCAUUGCGGAGCAUAGGCCGAAAAAAGUAUUACGCCAUCGGGACUCUUUCUGGUCAAUUUCCCAUGGGUCCUUGUCCAUGGUGCCGCCUUUGCUUCUUGGCCUGAUGUUUGUUUUGAUCCCCCAGCCUUGUGGGUUCCAGUCUAGAGCCUGUCUUGCAAUGGCGUCUGUUGUACAUUCUAGAACAAGUUCAAGGCCACGUUUGCACCAGGAAGUGUUGACAUUCUCAGAGAUUGAAUACGUUGUAGGUCUGUGAAAUACAUGAUCAGAUUAGACGACUGUAUUCAAAAUACCGGAAGUAAUAUUGUAAGAUGGUUUUGGGGAUUCCUCAGACGUGACCUAGCUCUGUAUCCUAAUCCUUUUUCUGGAAAAUUCGCGUUCUUUAAACACUGCAUACAAUACGAUGUGUUAGGACUGAGGGUAUAUAUUUGGAAUACAUACUCUUUACUCUAAUGUGUUUUGGCCUGUCACCUUUAGCCUAUGACCUGCCUGAAUCUUUUGCAGAAGUGGACGAUAACCAAUGUCAAGGUCGCUACAUUGCACCUCCGUGCCAACUGAAUAAACAAGAAAUGAGCUAUAAAUAGAACACUGUCUCAAUUCGUCUGGAAUCCUGGCCAAGACUGGGAUGUUUAAUUUAUGGACCUUCGGGCGCCUCUAAUGAGUACCUGACGUUGGUUUGAGAACACUAAAGGUGGUUGGUCGGUGUGCUGGCCACAAGACACCCUCGUUAACCGUGGGCCACAUCUGCGCUAUAGAUCGCAAGGUCUGAUAGGGGAAAUGAUACUUAUAAUUUUACAUUUUAAAUACAUAGCUUUUCUACACUUCUUUCCUUCUGUACAUCGUAUGCACAAAACAAGGAAAAGGAAAAAGAUAAACAACAACUUUUGUAAGGGAAAGAACCGCUAAUUACUGCAAUUUAAUUUUGAAAAUGACAGGGUUUAGCUCCCUUUUUGCUAUAUAAGACAAAAUUAAUUUAAUUGGUACUAAUUGAUUAACUAAUUUGUUAGUUUUUGGAUUGAUUCGUGUAUUUUCAUCGAAUAUAAAUAAUUAUGCAAAAUUUCAACUUAAGAAAAAAAUGUUUGAAAACGUAAUAAAGGGAUUAAAUCCAUAAAUACAUCAACAUCACUCAUUAAUAACAUUUAUUCCCCAUUUUUCGAAUAGCAAACAAAAAACCCCAACAAUUAAUUAACUAAUUUAAAAAAAAUAUUUUUUGUUUGUUUUUUUAAAGUGAUUCCUGCCAUGUCAGGUACAAUGAAUAAUUUUGCAAUAUUUCAACUUGAUCCGAAAAUGGGAGACAAAAACAUGUUCCAACAUUUUACCAGACAGACAGACAGAGUUGAUAUCAGCUUUAUAAAAAGCUAGCUCUCUAUAGUUUUUCCGCAUAAAAACUACUCUCAACUCUCAACUUAUCAAGAAGCUGACACUGAUUCGCUAGCUAGUCAAUCUUAUAAAAUACCAGCCUGUUGAAGGGGGUGGGGUACUUGUUUUGCUUCAAUGCUUUUGUAAGUUUUCUUGAAAAUAAUAAUCUAUUUAUACUGCUGGGUCUUUUUGCACAGAAGUGAUUCAAGUAACUAUUUCACUUCUAAAUCUUUCCGCUGGCUCUAUAUAUCAAAACUGUUCAUCUCUACAGAUAUGUGUUUUCUUAUAAUAAUAAGACUUGACGUCGAGUCCGAGGAUUAAUGAGGAAUGCAGUAUUUACCGUGGCUACGCAGCCCCAGCAGCGACCUACAUAUUUCUUAUUGACAUAUAUCUAUAGCCGAGGAUUUAAUCCUAUAUAGAUUUAUGCCGUCUAAUAACUAAUUUCUUAACUCUUUCUCUCCGUAAUUAUUUACCACAUUCUGAUGGAAUCAACGCUGGUAUCGUCAGUUAGGAGAGAAAGAGUUAAUACUCUAGUCGUAAGACUAUGUAAACCUAGAUUCUUGUGUUUUUCUUUGGAUGACCUAAGGACGACAUCUGUAGUCAAGUUUGUCCUCCUCUAGAAAUAUAUAUCACAAUGUUCUCACGUUUUUCUGACCGUGGAUUGCAAUAAGGAAUUCCGAGGUCUACGUACCUGCCAGGCAGUUUGUUUUGUCUCUGGAAGAUUGGAACCCACGACGUCUAGAUGGCUGCCAGACUGGUUUAACAGUACAUUAGAGCGUGGAACGGAUUGCCUGAAUCAGACAAAGGUUGAAGAUAAUUACUUCCUAGUCCAAACCUCCCGCAGGACGACGCGGGGAUGGGAGCGGGCAGGGUUUGAACCCUGGACCAUCGAUAAAUCUGAACGACAGUCCAGCGCGCAAACCGCACGACCAGGCAGCCAUAGAGGGACAGAGAGAUUCUUAUGACACAGAGAAAAUCCACCUGUCUGACGUGAUGCUUGAGUGACUUUGGCAUGAAUUCCUUGUUUCAUUUUUCUACCGUUGUAGUUAUUUUUUUGUUUGUUAGGUGCUAUGUUAAAGUUUGAAAAUAAUAAUAUUAAAUAGUAGUAAUAAAAAUAAUAAUUGCUUGCAAUUAACGUUUCUCUGUUUUACUUUCUUCCCUCUUUGUUUGUUUCUUUCCUAUUUCUUCCAGUUUUUUUUCUUUUCUCUUUUUUCAUUGUGUAUACACUUUCUUUCUCCCCCUUCUUUCUAUCUCGGUGUCUCUAUUUUAUUCUGUCUCAAUUGUCACUCUGUAUUUCUCUGUCUUUAUCUUUUUCUUUCUUUCUCUGUCUAUCUCACAGUCUCGUCUUUCUGUCUCUGCCUGUUUAUCUUUUUCUCUCUGUCUCUCUAUCUGUUAUUUCUCUCUGUCUCUCUUUGCCACUCUUUCUGGAUGGAUGUCUUUCUGUCUCUGCCUGUUUAUCUUUUUCUCUCUGUCUCUCUGUCUGUUAUUUCUCUCUGUCUCUCUUUGCCACUCUUUCUGGAUGGAUGUCUUUCUGUCUCUGCCUGUUUAUCUUUUUCUCUCUGUCUCUCUAUCUGUUAUUUCUCCCUGUCUCUCUUUGCCACUCUUUCUGGAUGGAUGUCUUUCUGUCUUUCUGUCUCUGCCUGUUUAUCUUUUUCUCUCUGUCUCUCUUGGCCACUCUUUCUGGAUGGAUGUCUUUCUGUCUCUGCCUGUUUAUCUUUUUCUCUCUGUCUCUCUAUCUGUUAUUUCUCCCUGUCUCUCUUUGCCACUCUUUCUGGAUGGAUGUCUUUCUGUCUUUCUGUCUCUGCCUGUUUAUCUUUUUCUCUCUGUCUCUCUUGGCCACUCUUUCUGGAUGGAUGUCUUUCUGUCUCUGCCUGUUUAUCUUUUUCUCUCUGUCUCUCUAUCUGUUAUUUCUCUCUGUCUCUCUUGGCCACUCUUUCUGGAUGGAUGUCUUUCUGUCUCUGCCUGUUUAUCUUUUUCUCUCUGUCUCUCUAUCUGUUAUUUCUCUCUGUCUCUCUUGGCCACUCUUUCUGGAUGGAUGUCUUUCUGUCUCUGCCUGUUUAUCUUUUUCUCUCUGUCUCUCUAUCUGUUAUUUCUCUCUGUCUCUCUUGGCCACUCUUUCUGGAUGGAUGUCUUUCUGUCUCUGCCUGUUUAUCUUUUUCUCUCUGUCUCUCUAUCUGUUAUUUCUCUCUGUCUCUCUUGGCCACUCUUUCUGGAUGGAUGUCUUUCUGUCUCUGCCUGUUUAUCUUUUUCUCUCUGUCUCUCUAUCUGUUAUUUCUCUCUGUCUCUCUUGGCCACUCUUUCUGGAUGGAUGUCUUUCUGUCUCUGCCUGUUUAUCUUUUUCUCUCUGUCUCUCUGUUAUUUCUCCCUGUCUCUCUUUGCUACUCUCUCUGGAUGGAUGGCGUGAUAGGUUCCGUUCUCUCUUUCUCUGUGUCGUAAGAAUCUCUCUGUCCCUCUAUAUCUGUUAUUCUCUUUGAAUCUCUCUCUCUCUCUCUGUGUCUCUCUCUUUACUUUGCUUUCUUUGCUUUUUAUUUUACCUUUAUUCUUUUUCUUUCAUUUUUUUGUCUUCUUUUAUUUUUCCUUUUUUUUUUUGUAAUUAUUUCCCCUUAGAGUUAUUGUGUUGUUUUUUUAAACUAAACCUCUGUAGAUGUAUUAUAUCUUAACUAAUAAAACUUCAAAUAACUUAAGUAGCUCUCUUGUGAAACAAGGAUUCAUACCAAAGUCUCUCAAGCAUCACGCCAGAGAGGUGGAUUGGAUAAAAUGAUUAAUCAGGGGAAACACAAGAGUUCUUGACUGCCUGUUUUGAGUGGUGUCAUAUCUUCUAUGAGAUGAUAAAAUGGU